AUGAGUAAGAAUAGCAUUGGUGAUACGUCAUUUUCGUAUGAAGCCUUCUUGGUCAACAUGCCCGGUAACAAAGCUGGGGCAAAGAUUUCGUGCCAUUGGAGGCUUCCUGAGCCCGCUGGAGACGUGAAUGCACAGAGAUAUUUCUACUCCCUUGAUCUGCUCCUGCAGAUAGAGAUUGUUGCUUGCGAAAACAACGAAAAUGGGAGCGUUAUUCCGUAUGCCACUGGCACCGUCCUUGAGAAUCUCGUCCAUGAGUGCUACAAGGUUCAUGAAGCGUCAGGCAUCAAGGUUGAACAGGCAGUAAAGGUGAUACUUGUCCCCAACAAUGGAUAUCUCUGCAGGACUGAUGUCCUUGAAUUGAGAAUGCGAAAUUCUGCAUUUGUUGGCUCAGUUAUUCGGUUUCCACCUUCUCCUGAUGGCCAUUUGUCAUCGAUUGCAGUAGCCGAUUACGGCAAAUGCAGCUUCCUAACUCUGUUAUCUUCGGCUCCUGGGGCGUUACUUGCGAAGCAGUCCUUAACAUCUCAUUCUGAAGCAUUCGCGGUAUUAGAAGAAGAGUUGAGAGUUCGGUUGUCUUUCAACUGGGUGCUUCCGACUAAACCGACCGUACGCAAAGUAGCCCUGAUCGGAGGGCGUCCCAUGUUCGACAUACAUAAAGGAUCAUAUGGCCAUCAAGGAACAUUCGAGGCAGCUUUAGCCCUAGGUAUAUUGGUAGACGUCGUCGAUCGACCGGGGCAUUGGCUUGAAGGAGAAACGUAUUCACAUCUAAGAAAUGAAUUCGUGGCCGUUGAUAUGACCAACGACGCGGAGCUUCCCUCGAGGAUUGCUGAAGCACUCAAAGGAAGGGGAAUCGAUGCUAUCGUUACAUUCUCGGAUGAAGUUGUGGUCGCCACGGCGAAAGCAGCAGAGAUAUUGGGCCUUCCAACCGAGUCCGCACAAGCGAUUUUACGUGCCCACAACAAAUAUGAGACACGCAAAGUGCUAGACUCUGAUAAUACCCAGACACAAACAUUGCGACUAGAUAAUGCGGCGCAGCUGGACGACCCUCCUGUAGCUAUGAAGGUGGCAUAUAUGCAAUAUCCGUUGAUUGUCAAGCCAUGUCGGGAUGGCGCAUCCCGUGGCGUCAGGAAAGUCAACAACUAUGCGGGCAUGCGCCAAGCAGUGCAGCAACUAGAAGAAAGUGGCCUCUCGAAGUACGGAAUUCUCCUCGAGACGUAUAUCGAUGGUCCAGAGGUAGAUGCCAACUUUGUGCUUUGGGAGGGCGAGGUCCUUUUCUGUGAGAUAUCUGAUGAAUUGCCCUGUCAGGCAGAUGCAAUGGAUGCGACUAUUUCGGACAAUUUCGCGGAAACCAUCAUGUUGCUACCAAGCAGGCUGGAUCCCACAGAAACACAGCUUAUUCAAUCGUCCCUUCAUCAGAGUCUUCUCAAGCUAGAGUUCCGCUCUGGAGUCUUCCAUGUUGAGGCCCGGGUGCGAAAUUCUUCCAUGGGCUAUAUCCAAACUGAUGGUAUCUUGGACCUUGCUGACGUCGUUCAUUCAGCAGCAGCGAAAGACCAGCCAGAUGUGUUUCUGAUUGAAGUCAAUGCUCGGCCACCCGGGCUGCAAUGUGUGUUCGCUACCACCUAUACAUAUGGUGUGGACUUCUAUGGGCUUCAGUUUCUUCGGGCACUCGAGGAUCGUGAGCGUUUUAGGGCUUUGUCCAAACCUUUCUCCUGCCACGCUCAGUACUGGGUAUUUCCUAUUGUACUCGAGGACCAGCAGAAGGCAUUUGUUGGAGGUCGGAGGUCGUGUCAGAGAGAUCUCUCAAAGGAUAUUGGAUAG